AUGUUUGGACUGGCACUACGUUUCUCUCCAGACAAAGACAUGGGCUCCGGAGACAGUUUGAAGUUUGCUGUGCUAAUUGGUAUCUUUGUGGUUUUUAAGGUGCAAGCUGUUCCUGUGCUUAGGGGUGACAAUGCAGAUGCAGGUGAACUGAGGGAUGACAUACCUGAGAUCAACAGAGGUAUGUUAGAGCACCUCUUUGAGGGAGAUAUUGCUGGUAAUCCCAGUAGAAAUGCAAUCCUUGAUCAAACGAGAAGAUGGAAGUUUCCCAUCCCCUAUGUCUUAACUGAUUCCUUAGAUCUGAAUGCUAAAGGUGUGAUUCUUCAGGCUUUUGAGGAAUACCGUUUGAGAUCCUGUGUGGACUUCAAGCCCUAUGAGGGAGAGAGCAGCUACAUUUCCUUCACCAAGCUCUCUGGAUGCUGGUCAUUUGUUGGAGAUGAUAAAGUAGGUCAGAAUUUAUCCAUUGGGGCUGGGUGUGACACCAAGGCCAUUGUGGAGCAUGAGCUUCUCCACGCUUUGGGUUUUUACCAUGAACAGUCUCGUUCAGAUAGAGACGACUAUGUUAGGAUCUGGUGGGACCAGAUUGAAGAAGGGAAGGAGCAUAAUUUCAAUAAGUAUGAGGAUGAUUUCAUCACUGAUCUCAACACACCAUAUGAUUAUGAGUCUGUUAUGCACUACAGGCCAUUGUCUUUCAACAAGAAUUUGAGCAUCCCUACAAUCACUACCACCAUACAGUACUUUAAUGAGAUCAUUGGCCAGCGGUUUGACUUCAGCGCUGUAGACAUCACCAGGCUCAACCGCAUGUAUGACUGUGCCAACACGCACACUCUCUUGGACCAGUGCUCGUUUGAGCUGAACAACAUCUGUGGAAUGAUCCAGAGCGAGGAAGACAAUGCAGACUGGGUACAGACCUUGGGUGUUCCAGCUGAAACCGAUCAUACACUAGCAGGGCGCUGCAGAGAUUCUGGCUACUUCAUGAAGUUUGACACAUCUUCUGGUGUAGUUGGAAGCAGUGCCUUGCUGGAGUCACGUAUUCUCUACCCCCGGAGAGGCGAACAGUGCCUGCACUUCUUCUACAAGAUGACUGGACCAGCUGGGGACAAACUGGUGAUAUGGAUCAGGACUGAUGAUGGGACAGGGACUGUAAACAGUCCUAAGAAAAUCCACACCAUCACUGGUGAUGGAGAUGAUGCCUGGAAAAUUGCCCAUGUGACACUCAAGGUCACAGACAAGUUCCGUUAUUUCUUCCAAGGCAUCAGAGGAUCAGCUGACUCCUUGGGCGCCAUCUUAAUCGAUGACAUCACUCUUACUGAGACCAUUUGCCCUAGCGCUGUCUGGCAAAUUCACAAUUUCACAGGCCUCCUUGACUCAACUUCUCUUGGCAGUUCAGUUAAAAGUAAAUGCUUUUACAACUCGGAGGGCUACUCAUUCGGUAUCAGUAUUUACCCAAAUGGAAGAGAGGAGGCCUACCCAGGCUAUCUUGGCGUAGCCUUGCACCUCUGCAGUGGAGAAAAUGAUGCAGUGAUGCAGUGGCCAGCCCAAAACAGGCAGGCGGUGAUUGCUGCCAUGGACCAGGACCCUGACAUUAAACUCAGGAUGUCUUCUACAAGAAGCUUCACCACAAACACUUCUGCCUAUUGGAACAGACCAACAGCCACAUCAGGAGCAACAUUGGAUACCACCUGCCAGUGCUACCGUGGUCGGGAUUUUGGCUGGAGCACAUUCAUUUCUCACAAGCAUCUGCACAGAAGGAGCUUCCUCAAGAACAAUGACCUCAUCAUUACUGCUGAUCUUACCGAUUUGACCCACCUGAUCAAGACUGAGGUACCUGUCAAACCAACCACACAAAGUAAUGAGUUUGCAGAUGAAAAGCCAAUCAAUGAGGUGCAAAUGAAACCGGAGGUUCUAAAACACAGAGAAGCACGUUCUGCCAACCCCUGUCAACCCAAUCCAUGUUUUAAUGGAGGCGUGUGUGUGGAGAGUGAAGGGAAAGCUUCCUGCAGGUGUGCAACAAGCCAGGCCACUUACUACUCUGGAAAAAGAUGUGAGGAGCUGAGCGUGAACAGAAGCAUUCUGGGAGCUCUGAUUGGUGGCACAGCCGGGACCGUAGUUCUGACACUGACCAUUUUAACUGUCAUCAGGAGAGCUCAUUGGGGGACUCUGGGAGUAGUGGCCCCACUCCACCUUCCUUACGGGGAGAAGCUGGAGAUUCCCUUGGAGAUACGAUGUAAAAUGCGGGGCCGCAGAGCUGGUGUAAAGUGCCGGGACAGCAAAUGGAGGUAUAAGCCAUGUCUACCAUCUAUCAUUAUGGGAAAUGUCCAGUCCAACAAGGUGGACGAGGUAAUGGCGCUAACGAGACUGCAACAGGAGUACAGAGAGUGA